CUGGAUUUCACUGGCUCCGCAAAAUCGUCGCUCAUGUGUUGGAUGGAAAUCGAUUGUUCAGUAAAUUGCGGCUCCGCCGACUACACUCUCGGAACCUACUGGAUGCUAGUAACCGGUAGUUAGCUAAACUGAAGAGAGGCUACAACGCCACAAGCCCACAGGCGCAGCUCGAUCGAGCCCUGUUUGGUACACAAAACUCGACACCCCAGCCACAACUCACGCUGCUGCAAAUCGCACACCGUAUAUAAAACACACGCACCAGUAGGGGUACUUCUCAGCAAGCACCAGAAGCACAAGCAUCAGCCAAGAAACUAAGCAGCAUAUAGCUAGUAGCACCACCAGCUCCUCGGCUACUUUCCAUGGCAAUGCUGCGGCUGCCUUUGGUGUUUGCGGCGGCGGCACUGGCCGUGGCGCUCGCGCUGGGUAUGGCGGCGGCGCAGGGACCGGCCGCGGCCCCAGGGCCGGCGCCCGGGAUCAGCCCGGAGUGCAUGAACGCGGUGUUCAACAUGUCGGACUGCCUGACGUACGUGACGGCCGGGAGCACGGCGCGGCAGCCCGACAAGCCGUGCUGCCCGGAGCUGGCGGGCCUGCUGGAGUCCCACCCCGUCUGCCUCUGCCAGCUGCUGGCCGGCGGCGCCGAGUCGUACGGCGUCAGCGUCGACUACAAGCGUGCGCUCGCGCUCCCGGGUAUCUGCCGCCUCAACGCGCCGCCCGUCGGCGCAUGCGCAGUUUUUGGAGUCCCUGUCCCCAUGGGUAUGGUGCCUUCUGCAGCGCCUAUGUCAGGCCUAUCUCCAUCAUCUAAUGGCCCAGAAGUGCCUGCGAACACGCCGUCCGGCUCGGCGAAGUCGUCUAACCACGCCCCCGGCCGCUUCACCGCCGGCGGCCUCGUCGCCCUCGUCGCGCUGCCCCUCGCCGUCACGGCCGCCGCCGGGAUGUUCUAGGUCGCCGGCCAGAGUUCUAUUUGGGAGUGGAGCGGCGAUCUCGAGGUUUAGCCUGAUGAUUCUUCUUCAUUCUUACCGCAUAUAUUGUUGUGCAUUAUGUAUGAUACGCACAAUUCCACGCAUGAGAUUCUUCCAAGUCUGUUUCUCGUAAUAAUCCCUUCGGUGUAAUCUUGCUAGAGACCGUGACGUUAUGUACGUAGCACUAGUCUUUUCAUCA